ACACAUGCAGCUAGCUCUAUAGCGAGAGUUGCAACUUGAUCCGGCCCAUAGUUCGACCACCUGAAUAUUGUUGAAUUAGCCGUGUCAAUUAAGCUAGCUCUAGAGAUGGCCGGCGUCCGGCAACUCGUGUUAGCCGCCUUUGCGGUGGUGGUGCUCGCCGGCGUCGCCGUCGCACAGCCGCGUCCGGCGCUGCCGUCGAACUCGCACAGGUUCCAGCCGGGGAAGAGGAACCAGGGCUUCUCCUGCGACGACAAGAAGGACCACCAGGUGCCAUGCGUGGAGACCUGCAACUCACGCUGCCCCAACGAGUGCAUGGUCAUGUGCCCAAGCUGCAAGACUUUCUGCAUGUGUGACUUCUACCCCGGCAUGUCAUGCGGCGACCCGCGUUUCACGGGCGCCGACGGCAACAAUUUCUACUUCCACGGCAAGAAGGACCAGGACUUCUGCAUCGUCUCCGACGCCGACCUCCACAUCAACGCCCACUUCAUCGGAAAGCGCAACCCUACCAUGAGCCGCGACUUCACAUGGAUCCAGGCCCUCGGCGUCCGCUUCGCCGACCACCGGUUCUACAUGGGUGCCCAGAAGACCGUCAAGUGGGACGAUGAUGUCGACCGCCUCGAGAUGGUAUUUGACGGCGCACCCAUCGAGAUCCCCACCGAGUUUGGCGAGAAGUGGGAGUCAACCGUCGUUCCUGGGUUGACCGUCACGCGGACCACCGCCGUCAACGGUGUGAAGGUGCAACUCGCCGGAGUGUUUGAGAUCAUGGCUAAAGUGGUGCCCAUCACGGAGGAGGACUCUCGCAUCCACAACUACGGCGUGACGGACGAGGACAGCCUUGCACAUUUUGACAUUGGGUUCAAGUUCUUCGACCUCAGCGAUGACGUCCAUGGUGUGCUCGGCCACACCUACCGCUCAGACUACAUCAACAAGCUCAGCGUGAGCGCUAGCAUGCCGAUCAUGGGCGGUGCGCCCAGCUACGUCUCCUCCGACAUCUUCGCCACCGACUGCGCCGUCUCUAGGUUCGGCCGCACCGCUGCCGGAAUCGCCAUGGUCACUAGCAAGGCCAAUUAAACUACUCCGUAUUGCUAAAGAGACAUCAUCGUGUUGAUGUUAUUGAGGGAUUGGCCUAAUCAAGAUGUAUAGGCCUAGAAAUAAGGGAUAAAUCAUUGUCAAUGGCUUACGAGAGAAUCAAUAAAAAGCAAUUGCGCGCCCUUUUUCACUCUUA